ACGGCCGCACCAAAAGCUGCCCUGGAAAAUCACGGCCGGAGGGCAAAACCCUCAGCCAGGCGGAGCGGAGCGUCUCGGGGGAGGAGAGGGGAUGAAAAAUGCGCGGGCUGGCCCUUUAAGGGAAGCGUUUGACGUCAUUUUGUGGCGCCGCGACAGCACCUGCCGGGUGCGGAGCGAGCGCGGAGUGUGGGGGCCGGGACAGGGCGGAGGAUGAGCGGGAAGGCUCCUGCGGGCCUGGAGGGCAGGGUCCGGAAAACACUGCAGAAAGUCUUCGGCUUCGAGUCCUUCAAGACUUCCCUGCAGGAGAGUGCGACCAUGGCUGUGGCGAGAGGAGAGAAGGAUGUCUUUGUGUGCAUGCCCACAGGGGCAGGGAAAUCCUUGUGCUACCAGCUUCCUGCAGUUCUGGCAGUGGGCAUCACCAUUGUCAUUUCACCUCUGAUUGCACUGAUCCAGGAUCAGGUGGAUCACCUGCUGGCUCUGAAGAUCAAAGCCUGCUCUCUGAACUCCAAGCUGUCUGCCCAGGAGAAGAAAACCAUCCUGGCCGACUUGGCAAGCGAGAAGCCUCAAGUAAAGCUCCUGUACAUCACCCCAGAGAUGGCAGCUGCCUCUUCCUUCCAGCCAACACUGAACUCCCUGGUGGCCAGGAACCUGCUGUCCUACCUGGUGAUAGAUGAGGCUCACUGUGUGUCCCAGUGGGGCCACGAUUUCCGCCCCGACUAUCUGCGCCUGGGCUCCCUGCGCAGCCGCGUCCCCCGCACCCCCUGCGUGGCCCUGACUGCCACUGCCACCAAGCAGGUCCAGGAGGACGUGGUGGCAGCUCUCAAGCUCAAGCAGCCACUUUCCACCUUCAAGACUCCUUGUUUCAGAUCUAACUUGUUCUAUGAUGUGCAGUUCAAAGAGCUCCUCGCUGAUCCCUACGCCAACUUGAAGGAUUUCUGUCUCAAGGCGCUGGAAGUGAAGGGAGCUGCUGGGGUGUACUCCGGCUGUGGCAUCGUGUACUGCAGGAUGAGGGAUGUGUGUGACCAGCUGGCCAUUGAGCUGAGCUACAGAGGGCUGAAGGCCAAGGCCUACCAUGCAGGGCUCAAGGCAGCUGACAGGACUUCUGUCCAGAAUGAAUGGAUGGAGGAGAAGAUCCCUGUCAUUGUUGCAACCAUCAGUUUUGGAAUGGGAGUAGACAAAGGCAAUGUCAGAUUUGUUGCCCACUGGAAUAUUGCCAAGUCAAUGGCUGGGUAUUACCAGGAGUCUGGCAGAGCUGGGAGGGAUGGAAAACCAUCCUGCUGUCGCCUUUAUUACUCAAGGAAUGACAGGGAUCAAGUCAGCUUCCUGAUCAAGAAGGAGCUCUCUAACAUCCAGGAAAAAAAAGGCACCUUAAAAGAGUCUGACAAAGCUGUGAUGACAGCUUUUGAUGCCAUUGUGAACUUCUGUGAGGAGCUGGGCUGUCGCCACGCUGCCAUCGCGAAGUACUUUGGCGACGCCACCCCACCUUGCAACAAGUGCUGUGACUUCUGCAGGAACCCAGGGGCAGUGAAAAGGCAACUGGAGGAGCUGGAACGCUGCAGCAACAGCUGGAGCAAAACCUCCAUCAGGCCCACGGGAUCCUCCUGGGAUAGCUCCGACCCAGAGCUCUACGAGGGCGGGAGGAGAGGCCUCAAAGGCUUCAGCAGGUAUGAUGAAGAGGGCAGUGGGAAUUGGGAUGAAGACAACGAGGAGCGUCGGAAACGGGAGUGGGACAACUUCUACAAGAAGCAGAUGAGUCUGCGCAAGGGCAAAGAACCAGAAAAGGAAGAUUUUGUUCCUCCAAGUGCAGACUGUCCCCUGAAGGAGGCUGCCAGCAGGAGGAUCUCCAAGCUCACUGUGAAGGGCCGGGAACACUGCCUGAAAAUGCUGGAAGAAGCUCUGAGCAACAACCAAAAGACUCCAGCAGCAGAAGGAAAAUGGUCAGACCCUGGUGCCUGUGCAGUGGAAAUGGAAUAUGAAGCUUUCCGGAGCAGCAAAAUGGCAAAUUCCUACAAGGCUGCUGUGCUAAAGAAGGUGGCAGAAAUCAAUAAAGCCUCCAAACAAGGGGAAUUGUUCUCAGUCUUUGGGUCUGGAACAGGUGGUAACAGCAAUUUGGAGACAAAAUCUGAUUCUUUAGCAGAAGGGGAGUUUGUCCUUGCAUCCCAGGUUCCCUCGUUCAAACCCAAGCGUGUGGGAGCAGGAUUUCCAAAGAAAUCCAGCUUGUUCCAGACAGCUUCAGAACUGCUGAAGAUCCAGGAGGAGAGUGAUGCAAAGCCUGUCAAAAAGGACUGUCCAAGUGGGCAAGACAACAGCAGCUACAGUCUGGACCUGGACACCAGGAACUCUGUUCUCCAGAGGGAAGAAACUGCAACCAAAGCAGUGGAUGAGAGUGCAGGGGUAGAAAUACACCCAGAAAAGAAGGGGCAGCAACCCAGUCCAGACACAAAAAGUGCCCUUGGGGAGAGCCCUGCUAAAAAGUCCAAACGUAGCAAGAAGCAGCAAAUGCUUGCAGAAGCAGCUAAAAAGGAAUCACAGGAUAUUUCCAAAUUCUUCUCCCUCCCCAAAGCUGGCUCUAGAGCCCAAAGCUGCAGCACAGCAAAGGGAGAUGGCUGUUCUGCAAGCACACUACCUCAGGUUUCUUCUCAAAGUGUGUGUCAAGAGAAACCAACACCUCAGGAAAAUAAAGAUGGCUCUGGAGACCUGACUGGGCAGUUCCAGGAGGAGAAUAAAGAACUGGGAGAAACAGAAAUAACACUGACUGAGAGAGGAGAGAAUUCUAAGACCCAGCAGGCUGCUGAAUGUGAAUUCCUUGAGGAAGAAAUGGAUGUGAAGUCCAGUGUUGCUGAAAUUGUUGCAGAAACUGAGCUGCCUGUUGUGGGAGAAGGGGACAGCGGGAAGCGGCCAGGAUCAGAUGAGGAUAUGGAAAGUCCUGCAAAAAAGCGGCUCCGGACAGUGGCAAUAUCUUCAAUUCUGAGCCAGCCAGAGGGCAAAAGUGUUGGUCCAACAAAGAAGAAGGUGACUUUUGACUCAAACUUAGCACAGUGUGAUAAAGAAGGAAGCAGCAGGACCAUACAGCCAGUGACCAAAGGCAUGUCCCUCAAAGAGACUGCAGACAUCGUUGUCAAGUAUUUGACCCCGUUCUACAAGGGGGGCAAAUUUGCUUCCAAGGAUCUCUUCAAGGGCUUUGCCAGGCACCUCUCUCACUUACUGACCCAGGAGCAGAGCCCUGCCCGCAAGACAGAUGGUGUUUCCUCUCUUGCAGUGAAGGAGGAAGCACAGAGGCUCAUCAAGGAGUUUUUCAAAACAAGGCUCAGGUGUGAGAGUGAGGCAGACUGGGAGGAGCUGCAGAGCUUGGAGAGCUGAUCCCUGCUGCUUGUUGGCUCUUCCUUCCUGCAGCAGCACCACCAGGGGAUGGGGAAGAACUCAGCCAUGGAAGGUCUCAUGAGACUGCAGAAAUGAGAUUUAUUUUUCUUUUCUCCAGUGCAUUUUGCUCACUUGUGCCCUUAGUGACACACAUUCAAGGGAGCCAGUUUUUGUGAACUCAUGGUGAGUUUUCCCAGUAUAAGUGGGGUGCUGAAACCCUCAAGGACCAAGAGGUGUGAAGUUGUACCUGCUGGCUUUGUUAGGGGCUGCUGCCUUGGAUGUUCUGCACUGUCUCCAGCCUCUGCUACCUGCAGCAGUCUGGGCAGGGCUCAGACUUUCCAGCUGGGACUCUGCUUUGGGAUGGCACCUUGCUUUCUAAAUGGCUUCUCCCCUUGCUCCCCUCCUCCCUGUUUCUUACUUCAGUGUCACCAGUAUGCUACAAAAGUUCUCAUGCUUUGCUCAGGGCUGCCAGUGACAAACUCAGUGUUUGAGUUCCUGGAUGGAAUAUUUUUGUUUGAAGGGCAGGGGAGGAGCAUUUUGUAAUUACCAUGGAGGCAGUGCUUGCUUUCUAAAGAGGAGAAAUUCAGAUUUUUUUUCUUUUAACGUGAACUUCUUUGAUUUUGUCCAGUUCUGUCUGUCUGCCCAUUAAUUUAAGUGGUGAUACUCUUUCAGUAUUAACCCCUGCAACACUCCCAAGCCUUUGCUUGUAAUCCCUAAAGCCAUAUUUGCUCCUGUGCCUCACCACAAGUCUGCAGUGCAGGGAGCAGUGCUGCUAUUACAGCUGAGUAGGUCUCUGCUGUGACCCUCAAACUGACACUGUGGUACCUCUGCUGCUAUGUUUAUAUGGAACCCGAACCUGAUUCCCUGGUACAAUCCUUCCUGUUGGGUUUUUGUGGGGUUCUGCCUCUGUUCCAUACCUACAGGGGCUGGUGGCCUCAGGCUCCAGUGCUGCCAGAGGAAUGUGCAGCCCCAGAGGCUGCCCAGGGGUUUGGGUCACUGCAUCCCACAGCUGUAUUUUUUUAAGUGUUCUGAAGGGUAUAUUUGCAGGACUGACAAUAAAGCAAUGUUACAACUGC